AUGGGUGAUGGAGGAUUCUUCAGAGGCACUAGUGCAAACCAAGAUGCCAGGUUUCUUGACAAGCAAAAGAAGCUCAAGGCUCAGAUGAAGUUUGAUCCUGUUUUGGAGACCAAGAUCGAUAUGGAGAAAGUCUCUGUGGAUACUGUCAAGCCUUGGAUUAACCAAAGGAUUAAUGAGAUUCUUGGAUUUGAAGACGAAGUGGUGAUAGACUUCGUUUUUAACAUGCUGGAGACUGAACGGCACCCAGAUCCUAAAGAACUUCAAAUUAACUUGACGGGAUUUCUUCAAGCUCGACCUUCCAGAGAGUUUAUGGGUGAGCUGUGGACCAUGCUGAAAUCGGCUCAGGAAAACAUUGCUGGAAUACCGACUGCCCUGUUGGAGAAGAAAAAGGCAGAGAUCCAGCAGAGGAAAGAAGAGAAGAGCCGUAUCGAGGAGAAGUUGGCAGAGAAGGGUGUCCCCCAGGACCCCAAGAUCUCAACUACAACAUCUGAUUCGCUUCAGGAACAAGCUAAAAGAGACAGGAUGUCGAAAACCCCCUCCCCGGAGCCACGUCGCAAAUCCUCACCCAGUCGACGAAGGACUCGCUCUCCUCGCCGGCGGUCCCGAAGAUCUAGGUCAAGAGACAAGUCGCGCCGUGAUAGAAGCAAAGAUAGAAGGCGGCGGCGCAGUCGUUCCAAAGAUCGCGAACGACGGCGGCGACACGACAAAAAGGAUAACCCGAAAUCAGAAGGUCUUACUGUGGACGCCAAACUACCAAUCAGUGCUGAAUAUCAAUCAUCCCCCGACAACAAACAAGGUGACCCAGUAAGAAAAGAAAAGACACCAUCCCCAAGUCCAGAUGUGGAGAGAUCAGAUAAGAAAUCUGACCCCGACAAAACCAAACGCAUAACCCCGACUAAAGAAAACGAAAUUCAGAAAUCUCUUCUCUCGCUUGCCUCUAGCAAGAAGGAGGAGGGAUCGGAUAAGAAGCGUUAUAGGAAGCGAGAGAGUGCCAGCAGCAGUGACGACAAUAAGAGCCCACCACCACGUGACCGAAGUAAAGACAGGAGAUUGGAACGAAGACGAAGAUCACCGUCUCCCAGACGGAGAUCGCCCAGAAGAAGGUCCCCCUACCGCCGCCCAGCACCUCGAUACCCCAGCCCUGCUCGCAGACCUCGCCGGAGAACACCUACUCCUCCUCGAAAGGAGAGGAGGAAAGAAAGAAGUGAAUCUCCUGAACGUCCUACAGAGAAGAGUGAAGACGAAACUGGUAAAGAAAGGAAAAAGAAGAAUAAAAAGAAAAAGUCCAGGAAGAGAUCGCCGGUUGUUAAAUCAGCGUCAGAAAGUCCAGAGCCUAAGAAGAAAUCCAAAAAGGAUAAAAAGGAUAAGAAGAAAAAGAAGAAGAAACGAGUUGUGAAACCGGCAAGUGACAGCGAAUCAGAAGCUAAAGCGUCUUCAGAUGAGAGUGAAGAAUCGGAGCCUGAGCCAAAGCCAAAGAAGAAAGUGAAGAAAACGCGAACACCGACUCCUCCUGUGGAAUCUUCUAGUUCUUCGGAUGAGGAAGUCGUGAAGGAGAGAUCCAAGGAGAGAUCCAAGAAGAAGAAGAAGAAAAGUUCUUCUUCUUCUGAGGAAGCGAAGAUAGAUUCAGAAUCGUCUGGAUCUGACUCAGAGCCUCCUUCUCCCGAACCAAAAAGGAAGAAAACGUCAGAGCCCUCUCCCAGAAAGUCAUCAUCAUCAUCUGAUAGCUCUGAAGAAGAACCUCCCAAAAGGGCAUCCAGGAAGAAAAAAGGAAGCAGUUCUUCGGAAGAAGUGAAAAAGAAGAAAAGGAAGCCGAAAAAAGAAUCUUCUUCUGAUUCUGGGUCGUCCUCAAGUGACUCAGACGAGGCAAAAUUGCGAAGGAAGGCAUUACAAACCUUAAAGAAGCGAUAGCAGGAAUUUGUUGUUUAUUUAUCGAUAUCACAGGGCAUCAGCCCUGCUUAAAUAGCUGGCUGAUCGUACAACAGCGUGGUCGGGGAGGGUGCAGGAUAAGCGAACAUUAAUAUUUGAUAUCUGUUGUCUAUUAAUAAUAUUAUAAUAGGUAAGGUUAAGCGCAUAGUACACGUUAGUUUUUCAUCUUUACUUGACGGCUGUGAUGAUAUUUUCAAUAGAUCAUUUAUUUUCAUUUAUAAUCUGACGAAUAAAGUUUCGAUUUUCAGCUGUUUUA